AUGGAUCACACCGCCUCAGACGCAUCCUCUCCGUAUCCCGUCAAAGAUUUCCGUUUUCGUGUAGUCAUUCUGUGUCUCUGCGUCUGCUGCUUUAUUGCGUCGCUCGACACCAUCAUCCUUUCCUCGACCCUGCCAGCCAUUGCAGCAAGCCUCCAGGCUACGACGACGGAUGCGUAUUGGUGUAGUGCCAGUUUUCUAUUCGCUCAGAGUGUGGUCCAACUCAUCUACGCUGUCGUUGCUCGAGCUCUUAACCGCCGAACAUGCAUGCUAGCUGCUCUUGGAUUCUUUGGCUUUGCGAGCAUCUUAUGCGCAACGGCUCGUAACAUACAGUGGCUCAUUGCCGCGCGGACAAUACAAGGUGUUGGCACUGGUGGAACCAAUGCACUUGUCCAACUCAUCUUGACGGAUAUAGCUCCUCUAGCUGAAAGACCCAAAUACACGGGACUUGUAACCCUCUUCUCGGCACUUGGCCUGGUGAUCGGAGGCCUUUGCGGCGCUGCAAUCGUGCAACAUACCACAUGGCCAUUAGUCUUCUGGAUCAACCUGCCGAUAUGCGUCCCCACAAUGGUCGGUUUUGCAUGGUGCCUUGAUGCUCCCCCAAGACAAUCAUCAGUCUGGACAGCCAUCAAGAAGACAGAUUGGGGUGGUGGCAUCAUAGUAACGGGAUCUUUGGCAGGGAUUCUUUUCGCUCUCAACAGCGGGAAUGCCGUAUAUCCUUGGACAUCUGGCAGAAUUCUGUCACCUUUGAUAUGCGGCGGCGUCGGUUUACUUGGAUUCGUGGCAUACGAAAGAUUUGUUGCCAAAGAAAAUGCCAUUCUUCCAGGCAGACUCUUCUCCAAUGUCACUGCCGUGUCAGCCUACAUCAUGGCGCUCCUCCAUUCGAUAAUUCUCUGGACUGCAACGUAUUACUUCUUCUUAUAUCUUACCUUUUGUUCUCAUUCGUACUUGAGCGCGGCGAUUCUUAUGCUUCCAGCCACACUCACAUUUCCACCGUCCGCUGCCAUUGCAGGCCAUAUUAUUGGCCGUACACUCAAAUACCAGCUGGCCAACAUAAUUGGCUUUGCGUUUCUCGUUGGUGGCCUCAGUGGCUUAGCCAAUCUUAAUGAAUUCUCUUCUGUGGGUCUUCAGAUUGGCCUCUUGUUCAUUGUGGGAACUGGCUUUGGCAUCCCGUUUAUUAGCAAAGUAUUCAUGGCGCAAACAGCCGUCGCAGAAGAUGAUCAGUAUAUGGCUACAGCCAUCGUAUCGACGGUAACGAGUGUUGGAGAAUGCUUCGGAGUGGCCAUAUCGAGUACCACAUUUCAGAACAGAUGGGAUGCCCUCCUCGAAAAAGAGUUGAAGCAAACUGUCCUCUCAGUAGUGAUCAAGGGGAGUGAUGCAGAACGAAGUACUGUCUUGUUUGGGACUCUGGACAAAGAGACGGCAAGUUUCUAUCGACACAUUGCCAUGCAAAGUUUCCAGACGGUGUGGAUCGUAAUGGGCUCAUUGGCUGGUGUUGCCCUUAUUCUAUCUCUUUUCAUCAGGGAUCCUAAGACAAAAGAAGCAACUCCUACAGAGUCGAGUGUAGAAGCUAUAAUUCUAGAUAAAGAGAAAGCAUGA